AUGGAACGCUCAUCCAGUCCAGACUAUGACCAAGAUGGUUCAUUCAAUGUGAGCACCUCGCUGGCUCCACCACGAAACAACAAAAUUGCCGGCACUACCACUAUCGAUUUUGAUGGAUGUUUGUCAGAGCCACUCUUGCUCAAGGAAGAUCUCAAGAAUGGCUGUGGGGGUCAACUUUGGCCCGCUGGCAUGGUCUUGGCCAAAUAUCUUCUGACUCGCCAUCAAUCUGAUCUAUCUGAUAAAUCAAUUGUGGAACUUGGUGCCGGUGGCGGAUUAGUUGGACUUGCAGUCGCUCGAGGAUGCAAGAUUAACCUACCUCUCCAUAUUACCGAUCAACUGCCUAUGUUCUCCCUGAUGAAUGAUAAUAUAGAAUUAAACGGUUUUAAAUCGACCGUCAUGGCAUCGAUAUUGAACUGGGGAGAACCGCUUCCAGGAAACAUCCCAUCAAAGCCAGCCGUUAUUCUCGCCGCUGACUGUGUUUACUUUGAACCGGCAUUUCCGCUUCUCAUAACCACUCUUCAGGAUCUCUUGGGCCCAGAUUCGGUCUGCUAUUUUUGCUUCAAGCGUCGGAGAAGAGCUGAUUUAAGAUUCAUGAAAAUGGCGAAGAAAGCUUUCGACGUUGUUGAAAUUCGUGAUGAUCCCAAUGCGACUUCUUACAACAGAGAGAAUAUCUUUCUCUUUAGCAUUCGACUCAAAUCUACAAAGAGUGUCAAGGUGAUUGAUGCCAAAAGCAGGGAAAAGAACAAUAGAAAUAGUCCAUAA